AUGGCGUCUUGCGUUACUUUGAAGCGAUCUGCUUUGGACAGUCCUUAUGGUCACAAGUUCGAUCUCAGUCCGAAGCGCCGCUGCCUCACCGGAAAACGCCCGCUCCAGGUCACUCCUUCCAAGAAGAAUAACGCGCCAAAUGUAGAUCUUCAAAGUUUGUCUGAAAGUCUGUCCGAAUCGCAGUUUCGCCGGCUCCCUCCGCUCGAGCCCUCUAGAAUUCUUGACGAGGUGACCCAGAGCUACAAACUUCUGAAGCGACGUCGGAUGGUGCCUCGCAGUCCUCAGCAAGUGGCAGUUUCGACUACGCCGCCCAAAUGUCCAAGCCCAGCUUCGUCCUCAGACUCCGACGAAUUCGCGCCUACAACCUCAAAAGUCGCCAAACUUGCCGAACCACUCAAGAAAGAAGCUAGAAAGUAUCAACCAGACACGACCAUUCGUCUCACCAUAAGCAACGUGGCGACCAUGUGCGAAACACUCCUGCGCCAGCGAGAAGACCAGAUCAGAGAAGAAUACGACAAAAUUCUAGCGGAGAAACUUUCCGAACAAUACGAAGUCUUCUGUCGCUACACUCAAGAUCAGCUCCGGAAUCACAAGUCCUCAGCUUCGUCGAGCUACAUUUCCUGA